AUGACGCGCAGGGUGAGGAUAGCAGAACUUCCGUCGGGACCGGUAACUGUGCAAGACUCUUCGAAUGGAGUCAACAAAGACAAACUGUCUCUUCUGCAGCUGAUCAACGAGAAAGAGCGAGUGGAGGCAGAGCUCUCUACGCUUGGAUCAGUUCUGGACUCUCAUAGCGUAAACAUGAACACUGGUCUCACCACCUUCGACGGCUUUCCCAGAAGUGAUAUUGAUGUUGCCCAGAUACGAACUACCAGAGCACGAAUAAUACACCUACGUAACGACUACAAAGAUCUCAUGAGUCGUAUAGAGAAGGGACUCCAUGCGCAUCACGCCAACCAGAUCACUCAGAAUGGCUCCUCCACUCCUCCUAGCAGUCGACCAGUCGCAGCAAGUGCACCAAGCGCACCAGACAUUCAGGGCAGUACUACAGGCAUCCCUUUCGCAAAAGUAAACAGUGUGGUCUCUGGCAGCCCCGCGGAUGAAACUGGGAUGAAAGUGGGUGACUUGAUAACACAGUUCGGCUCAGUAAAUUGGGCGAACCAUGAAAAGCUAGCCAAGGUGGCAGAAGCAGUUGCUAGUAGUGAAGGAAGACCCAUACAAGUGGAACUGUCUCGAACCGGCGAGCGGGUCUCAGUCCAGUUGACACCGCGGCGCGAUUGGGGAGGGCGGGGACUCUUAGGAUGUCAUCUUCUACCAGUGUAGUCGCGAAACGUAGUCUGCCGAUAAGUAAUCGCCUUCGUGGCGCGCAUGGAAUGGAGUUUUAGCCACAUGGACAGGUCUUAGCAAGGUGUAUGAUAGUAGUACAGGCUGUGGUUUGGGCAAUGCCUAAAAAAUGGAAUGAAAGAAACCUCGCUAGUUCGCUAGGCAGCCAUGGCUUAGAAAUGUGAGGUGUUCUGCCUUGGGUAUGGUCACGUGCGUGGCUUAUAUAAGAAGCCAAGAGCCUGUCACCGCCCGGCAACAGCCACCAAACAACAAUUUCGU